GAUAGAUGCAUCGUCCCAAGUUACCCAUCACAGGAGAAAAGCCGACGAACAGAGGCAAAAACCCAGAGAGAGAGAGAGCGAGAGAAUGGCCGAUUGGGACCAUCACCACCGUAGAAAUCCACCCACUCUUAUUUGAAGGGCCCUGACAAUCUCCAUCUUCCAUACGUCUUUCUUCAGCAACGCUGGGGCGUAGAAGCUCAGGAUCUAGCUUCUGGCGUUGUAUGGAUUGGCUCCGUUUCGUGCCCGGCAUGGAGCCCCAUUCCUCGCCCGUGCGGAAACUCAUCACGCCCCAGGAUCGCAUCCUUGAGAGACUUGAACUGUGUGAUGUUCCCAAGGAGAUGUUAGAUCAUCUGCAGUUGGGUUUAGUGGCUUUUGCAAAGGAGAACAAGUCCCUGCUGCCCCAGCUGGUCUCUGCUAUAUUACCUACUGAUGAGGAUGUAAAUGAGGUGCUCCAAGAAGGCAAAGUAGAAUCUGGUGGAAGCUCGAAGGGACCAAGUAUGAAAGAGCAGUUCCGUGAAAGCUUUGUGUGGUUGCAGUGGCUGAUGUUUGAGGAGGAACCCCGAGCUUUCCUCAAGAGUUUGGUGAAAAGGGGUUUAGGCCAACGUGGCGUGUGUGGAGCUGUUUGGGGGCACAAAGACAUUGCAUACCGUUGUCGAACAUGUGAGCACGACCCAACAUGUGCAAUAUGCGUUUCUUGUUUCCAGAAUGGCAAUCACAAAGACCAUGACUAUUCAAUUAUGUACACAGGAGGGGGAUGCUGUGACUGUGGGGAUGUGACAGCUUGGAAACGUGAGGGCUUUUGUUCGAAGCAUAAAGGGGUGGAACAGAUACAAAGGCUCCCAGAGGAGAUUGCGAGCUCUGUGGGGCCCAUUAUUGAUGCCCUUCUCAUUUGUUGGAAAGAGAGGUUAUUGUCAGCAGAGACUGCUGCUAAGAUGAAACCCAGAGAUGGUGACUGUGAUAUGCGUGGAAUGGCUGCGAAUGAGUUGUCUUCUGCAGCUAUUGAAAUGCUGCUCGAUUUUUCCAAGCACAGUGAGAGUCUUCUUUGUUUUGUUUCGAAACGGAUGCUUCCAUCAGUUGGGUUCUUGGAUGUUCUUGUGAGGGCAGAGUGGUUCUUGUCCAAAGCGGUUGCCAAGAAGCUCCAUGAAUUGCUGUUGAAAUUGCUUGGCGAGCCUGUCUUUAAGUAUGAAUUUGCGAAAAUAUUCAUAAAUUAUUAUGCUGUGAUCGUAAACGAAGCCAUAAAAGAGUGCAGUGAUUCUGUCUUCGAGAAGUAUCCUCUGUUAUCGACUUUCUCUGUGCAAAUAUUCACUGUGCCGACUCUAACUCCACGACUUGUGCGGGAGUUGAACCUGCUAAACGUUAUGUUGGGAUGUUUGAGCGACCUUUUUCUUUCUUGUGUCAGUGAAGAAGGUUAUUUACAGGUAAGCAGAUGGGCAAGUUUAUUUGAAACGACUAUUCGCUUGGUUGAAGAUAUUCGCUAUAUAAUGAGCCAUGUUGAAGUUCCCAAGUAUGUGAUUCAGGAGAUGCCUGACAUCUCCAUAACUUGGAUGAGGCUUUUAACUCUUGUGCAAGGCAUGGACCCUCAAAAGAGAGUAACAGGCCUUCAUUUAGAGGAGGAAAAUGAGAACAUGCAUGCACCUUUCAUACUGGGGAAUUCUAUUGGGAACAUCCAUUCUCUGUUGGUGACAGGAGCAUUUUCUCUUGAUGAGGCUGAAGAGAUCAUGCAAGAUUUGGAUGAUGGUGAUAGCCUGCGACAUGCAAAAGUGGGCAGACUUUCGGAGGAAAGCUCAAUAGGUAGUAUGACAGGGAGAAGCAGUUCAUUAAGUUGCGUCUCACAGGUGACAGACAUAAAUUUUGGAACAAGUCGUCCCUCUGUUCCACGGCCUGUGACAUGGUUGAUUUUUGAGUGCCUGAAAGCUAUUGAAAAUUGGCUAGGACUUGAUGCUGCACCAAAGAACCCCUUGGAUUCUUCAUCUCCUGGUACUAACAGCAAUACUCAUUAUAAUACCUUGACAUUGAAGAGAUCAUUAUUGAAGAUCAGGAAGGUCAGAAAUGUCAUGAGGGAUUACCUGACAACAUCGAUGGCUGAGGGAGAUAUGUCUAGAAGUAGAGUGACUGGUUCAGUUGAGUUUCAUGGGAGGCCUGGCACUUCUUUGCCUGUUUAUGGUGGAUUUCAUAUGAAUGCUAACUCAGAGGGUGAAGGGAGUGCAGCAGCACCACAGGAUAAUAACCCAAUUGAUGUGGAUGACUUGGAGUCUGAAAAUUGCUCCAGUUUGGGAGUUCUUUAUGAUAGUACCAUUGAGGCAGACUCUGCCAUGGAAGUGGAUACCUUGGGUGUAUUGAGUUUGAAAGAAUGGCCGGACAUAAUAUAUGAUGUCAGUUCUCAGGAGAUAUCUUUUCACAUUCCUUUGCAUCGAUUACUCUCGCAAUUGUUGCAGAAGGCAUUGAGAAGUUGUUAUGGUGAUCCUGAGCUCGCAGAGAUGACGAAUGCCAUUCCUAUGGGGCCUUUAUCUGCAUGCUAUAAUGAUUUCUUUGACCAGGUUCUUUGGGAUUUCCAUCCGCUUGGGUUUUCUGCCUUUGUGAUGGAGCAUCCCCUACGGUUAAGGGUAUUUUGUGCUGAGGUGCGUGCUGGCAUGUGGCAAAAGAAUGGUGAUGCUGUGAUAUUAAGUUGUGAGUGGUAUCGUUCUGCACGUUGGUGGAAAGAAGGUUUAGAGUUUGAUCUAUUUCUGUUGCAAUGCUGUGCUGCUUUAGCUCCCCCAGACCUAUUUGUGAAGAGGAUUCUAGAAAGAUUUGGGUUGUUGGACUAUCUGUCUCUAAAUCUUGAACGAUCUAACAAGUAUGAGCCAGUGUUAGUGCAGGAAAUGCUCACUCUUAUCAUACAAAUAGUCAAAGAACGGCGGUUUUGUGGACUAUCCACAGCUGAAAAUUUGCGGAGAGAGUUGGUUUAUAAGCUGUCUGUUGGAGAUGCCACUCAUAGCCAGCUGGUAAAAGCUCUUCCUCAUGACCUUUCUAAGAGUGACCAGCUUCAGGAAACUCUGGAUAUGCUUGCAGAAUAUUCCAACCCAUCUGGCAUGAAGCAGGGGAGAUAUUCACUAAGGAAAGAAUAUUGGAAGGAACUGGACCUGUAUCACCCUCGCUGGAACUCGAGGGAUUUACAAGUCGCAGAAGAGAGGUAUUUAAGGUUUUGCAAGGUGUCGGCUUCGACCAUUCAGUUACCUCGAUGGACAAAGGUCUUUCAUCCCCUUAAUUCUAUCUCUAGAAUAGCUACAUCCAAGGUGGUCCUCCAGCUGGUCCGCACAGUGCUAUUUUAUGCUGUAUUCACAGACAAAUCAUCUCCAUCACGUGCUCCUGAUGGAGUUCUUCUAACAACAUUGCACUUACUUUCAUUAGCGCUAGAUAUCUGUUACAUCCACAAACAGACCGGUGUAGCUAAAUAUGGUGGCGAUCAGUCAUGCUCAAGUACCUCAGCUGUUGAUGAGGAUUUGUUUCCUUUGUUAACUUAUGCUAGUGAAGAAAUUGAUGUGGCGAUUAAUGGGCUGGAUGAAUGGAAGCAUCAAAGCAUGCUUACGCUGCUCAUUUCAUUAAUGAGAAAGUUUAAGAAAGAAAAUGAACACAACCUUAUGGAAGCAAGCCCUGGAAACUUUUCUUCUUUAAUUGAAAAUUUAUUGAAGAAGCUUGCUGAGCUUGAUGCUGAAUGCAUGACCAAACUGCAACUUUUUGCACCUGAUGUGGUUUGUCAUCUGUCCCAAAUAAGUUCAGCUGGUAGUACAAAGAUAUCAGUGUGCACUUCUGAUGCCGAAGAGCGAAAGGCUAAGGUUCGAGAGCGGCAGGCUGCCAUAAUGGAAAGAAUGAGAGCUGCGCAGGUCAAAUUCAUUGCAAGUCUCAGUUCUACGGAAAGUAGUGAGUUGGAUUCGUCAAAACCUGAACAGGAUGUAUCCAUCUGUGAUGGUAAUCAGGUUUCAGAAGAGCCAGCGCCAGUUGUUUGUUCUCUUUGUCGGGAUCCAGAUUCUAAAAGUCCUGUAUCUUACUUGAUUCUUCUCCAGAAAUCUCGGCUUGCAAGUUUCGUUGAGCGAGGCCCCCCAUCAUGGGAAGAAGUUCCCCGGUCAGACAAGAAGCAUCUCUCUGUUGGCAUCAGGGGCAUGACCGAUCCGUCUUUGAACGAGUCCACACGUCAUAGGCAACCAACAGAAGUCGAUGCACUUCUUGACUACAUCAAAGCGCAUCUUCCUGCGAUGAGGAACAUUCAAGUGUCAAAUGCAUCUUAUAAUUCAAGCACAGAUCUUAGAUCUUCCCCUGAGAUGAUGGAACAUGAUCUCUACUGCGCUAUUCAGAGAGGCGUUAAUGAAAUGUUACAGAAAUCAGAUGCUUUGGAGGAUGAUCAGAAAUGUGCAGUUUCACAUGCGGAAGAGGGUUUGAUGAGAAAAGAAUCAUCUGUGCUUGGAGAAUAUGUUGCAUCCCUAUCAGGAGAGACACCAAGACAUCCUCCAGCUCCCCUAGCUCCUGAGGGUGACCUUUUACAUGGUGGAAAUGUAUUGCCAAAAUCUGCUAUUCAAACUGCAGUAUUUGAUGGAUUUGGUCCGACAAGUUGUGAUGGAAUCCAUGUUUCUUCCUGUGGGCAUGCUGUGCAUCUGGAAUGUCGUGACCGUUAUUUAUCAUCUCUGAAGCAGAGAUACAUGCGGAGAAUUGUUUUUGAAGGAGGGCAUAUUGUGGAUCCUGAUCAGGGCGAGUUCCUCUGCCCAGUGUGUCGGAGAUUUGCAAAUUCUGUCUUGCCUGCAUUUCAACCUUGUUCAACAUCAUUAAGAGGCUCUUCAACAACAACAGAUUCUUAUAAUAAUGUUAUCAGCCUUCCACUAGCUUUAUCUCUUAUCCGAAGUGCGUCUGAUGUGGUUGGACAGACCAGAUUCCUGAAAACGAUGUCCUUGCAGAUGAAUGAUAGCAUGAGAAGAGCUCUUGAGCCUGUCUUCCGCAUGCUCUGUAGAAUGUAUUAUCCUGACAAAUAUGACAGUAUGUUAGCAUCUGGGAGGAUAAGCCACUCUCUGAUUCUAUGGGAUACCCUUAGAUACUCCAUCAUAUCAACGGAAAUUGCUGCCCGUGGUGGGAAAUCCAAAACUUCUGCAGGAGGUUACAUCUCUGGCAUGGAAGCUUUAUACAAGGAAGUUGACUCUUCCACUGGAUUUGUAUUAUCAUUGCUACUACAAGUUGCUCAAACCACCAGAAGUCAGAAUCGUCUUCAGGUGCUUCUAAGGUUUAGAGGCAUUCAACUUUUUGCAGGAUCUGUUUGUUCUGGAGUUUCCACAGACGAUAUAUUCACAGGUCCUGGUAGUUGGAGUAGUAUCCCAUCCAUCCUGAAACAUCUUGACAAUGGUGUCAACUUUCCAGAUAUUCAGUUUUGGAAACGAGCUGCCGAUCCUGUCCUUGCUCAUGAUCCUUUCUCUUCUUUGAUGUGGGUUUUGUUUUGUCUCCCACUUCCAUAUUUAUCUUCGAUGGAAUAUUUCUUGUCUCUUGUGCAUCUCUUCUAUUCUGUCUGUGUGAUUCAGGCGCUCAUUACAUGUCAUCUGAACAGUCAUUUUGAUAUCUCAGAGUUGAGAUUUUGUGAUCGCCUCAUUAAUGAUGUUUGCAAGAUUAUGGGAGAUUCCAAAGUUGCUCAGCAGCAUUUUGUCUCCUACCAUAUUGAUUCCUCAUGCCAUCCUAAAGAUAUGAUUCGGAGAUUCACUUUGCCUUAUCUGAGACGAUGUGCGUUACUGUGGAAAUUGAUGAAAUGUUCAACGGUGGUGCCCUUCAGUAAUAGUUGCCAUGGGUGGGAUAGAUCAUCUUCCUAUCUGAACAAUGAUACGCUAGAAAGCACCAGUGGCCUCUUAGUAGAGCUUAAAGAAAUUAGCGAGCUGGAAUGCUUGUUCCAGAUAGUUUCACCGGAGGCAGUUCUCAAGGAUGAAGUGGUGCACAAGUUAGCUUUAAAGUGGUGCAAACAUUUCUGCGAGUUUGGAGUCUGUGACUAUGGGCGUAUUUUACACUCCACUCCAGCAGUUCCAUUUAGGUUGAUGCGUCUGCCUCAAAUUUACCAGGAUCUCUUACAAAGGUACAUAAAAAAGCAGUGCCCUGUGUGCAAAUCUGUUCCAAAUGAACCAGCACUAUGCUUGCUUUGCGGUAGAUUAUGCUCUCCAAGCUGGAAAUCAUGCUGCAGGGAUAAUGGUUGCCAGAGUCAUGCAAUGGUCUGUGGUGCUGGUAUUGGUGUAUUUCUGUUGAUCAGGAAAACCACAGUCUUGCUGCAACGAUCUGCACGCCAGGCUCCAUGGCCUUCUCCAUAUUUGGAUGCUUUCGGUGAAGAGGAUAUUGAUAUGCUUAGAGGAAAGCCAUUGUAUUUGAAUGAGGAGCGCUAUGCGGCUCUUACCCAUAUGACAGGUGGCUUCACAUGGACUUGAUCGGAGUUCUGAGGUCCUUCGCCAAACAACCAUUGAUACACUUUUCACAGUUUAGAUUCAAAUCUAUUUAAGGAACCGUGGUUGCGAAGAUGUGAGUUGCAUUUUUGGCAGCAUUUGCGCUAUUGGGCUCCUUUCUUCAUCUCCUCUCCAAUUUAAGAAUCAUAUAUUUCUUAAUCUCGGUGAGUCACUGUGCAUUAUAUCAGAACUUAUGAGCAAUGCAAACAACUGGAAAAUGGAUAUCAACUGAUGGCAAGUGAUGGCGAUAGAUUAUUCAAAGUGCAGAAACAAGUAUGAUUUUUCCAUUUCUUUUUCGCUUCGACGAGGAUUCUUGGAUUUUGGUGCGGAAAGUAUGAGGAGCUAUGGUUGAGGAGGUGGAUUACGGUGGUAUUCUAAGCUUGUUUGGUUUUCCCAUGCAGUUCAUUCAGGCCUUUGUCAUUGCCAGACGGUUGGUUCUGCUGUAUGAGACGAGAAUCCAGGUUUGAACUGGUGAUCUGUCUUCUGCUGAUGUCCAUUCUACUCGGUUUCACAUGUUGUACAGUUCUUAUGCCCAGGUGAACAGCUUUUGGAGCCCAAACUGUCUCCUGCCAAUUGCUUGGCUGUAUUUAUCAAAUUUGCCAAAAAUAAAAAGGCCUUGUAAUUAUCUUAUUAAAAUGGAAUGCUUCUGUAAGGUCUUCUGUAUAUCAAAAGCUCUAUGCUGUGAAUGCAUCUGAUCA